UCCGACUUCUGACCACAAGAGUACCGCCAGGAUGUUCGCACUGCUCGUCGGAAGCUCUCCAACUCAGCUCCAGCUGCUGGAAGCACUCCCGCCUUCCAACGGCCGAGGUGAACUUGCCGCAAGAGAAGCACGUUCGGGCCACCCAUACACACUUCGUGAGAAGUCACCGCGCGAGCGCUACGGCCGCAGGUCCGCGGGCGAUGCGCCAAGACAGAAGAACGAGGCGGAGCAAGAUGAGGAAGGGCGACAACGAGGCGGCGGAGCGGCGGACGCACAGGGGGGCCCAAGCUGAGGAAUGCGCAGGCUUCGUGUGAUUUGCGCCUCGGCACCACUGCGGAGGGAAAGACGAGGUUUCUCGUCCUCUGGGCACCUUCACCUAGUCAUGCACAAGCUACGUAGGAUUGGUGUCACGCUGAAUGGUCAGAGAAAGGAUAAGCGCAGCGGAGGCGGAGGAGGAGGAAGAGAAGGUGGGGCGCGGCGCUGGAUGAAGAAAUACACGGGCGAUAGGGGGCGUGAUAGCGCAAGCGGGAUCACUAGGGCGACGUGGACAGUCAGGAUGUCGACGCAGAAGGCACCUACCAGUACACCACCACCAUGCCUGCCCAUGGCUAUCCUGAAUUCCAGCAUGGUGUAUACGCCCUCCUGACUGAGGCAAAAAGGGUCACUACACCAUCCCAGGGCCCAAAACGGCCCUGGCCAGGCAUCGUGGUGCACAGAUGCCUCCAACGGACGGGAGGGGCACGGGAGGAGGUUAGCGAGGGGCGCGUUGCCGAGCUCAGCACUGACGCGAAGGAGGAGGAUGAGGAGGGGGAGGAGGAGGAGGAAAAGGAGGAGGAGGAGGAGGAGAGGCGCGUUGCCGAGCUCAGCGCUCACUGCAGCAUGCACGGCGGCGCCUCCCGCGGCCUCGCGCGACUGCCACGGGGCCCCGUGACCGCGGGGCCCUUGGCCACGAACGGCAGCGCCUCUGGCUGCAGCCCCAGGCGCGGGAGUGCAUCCGGGUCGCGCGCCUGCAGCUCGUGCAUCGCCGCGCGGGACGUCGCGCGGGUGCCGCGGGCACCGGUGGCUCGGCAGCAGGAGCCGCCAGCGCCGCCUUUUCGCGAGUCCACCAGUGCGCCCGCCGCGGCUGCUGCACGUGCGAGCGGAGACUGGUAGGAGGCCUGCGGGCAAGGGCGCACGAAGUCGCGGGAAGCCGUGCCCCUGCUGGCCUGGAUGGCGACGCCCUGGGGCCCACUCGGAUGCGCGAGUUCUCCUGCUGCACGGCCUGCGGGAGCGCCCCGACGGAAUAUCUCGGUGGCGCCCUCAAAGCGUCGAUGGCGUACAACAAGGCGUGCGUGAACAGGCCACUGGCCAAGAAUCAGCUCAGCCUCUAUGCAGCCACUGACGGCUAAAGCCUGUCUGUUGUCCCACUCGUCCAGGGCAAGCCACGAUUGUCCCUGUGUGGCAGCAGUCCGUCACGAUGAGAACCUCACG